AUGGCGAGAAGCAUCAAGCAGACGCUCGCUUCCCUCUGCGCCGUGCUCCUGCUGUUCAUCCCGUUCGUUGCGGCCGGCGGCGGCCAUGGUUCAGGGUUCGACUACAAGAGGGCGCUCCACAGCAGCCUCCUCUACUUCGAGGCGCAGCGGUCGGGGCACCUCCCCUACAACCAGCGCGUCAAGUGGCGCGGCCACUCGGGCCUCGCCGACGGGCUGCAGCAAGGGGUGGACCUCGUCGGCGGGUACUACGACGCCGGCGACAACGUCAAGUUCGGCCUGCCGAUGGCGUUCACGGUGACGAUGCUGUCGUGGAGCGCCAUCGAGUUCGGCGGCGAGAUCGCGGCCGCCGGCGAGUGGCGGCACGUGCUGGAGGCCAUCAAGUGGGGCACCGACUACUUCGUGAAGGCGCACGCCGAGCCCGACGUGCUGUGGGCCGAGGUCGGCGACGGCGACACCGACCAUUACUGCUGGCAGCGGCCUGAGGACAUGACGACGUCGCGGCAGGCCUACAAGGUCGACCGCGAGAACCCCGGGUCCGACCUCGUCGGCGAGACCGCCGCCGCCAUGGCCGCCGCCUCCAUCGUCUUCCGCCGCUCCAACCCGCGCUACUCGCACCUCCUCCUCCGCCACGCCGAGCAGCUGUUCGAGUUCGGGGACAAGUACAGGGGCAAGUACGACGCCAGCGUCAGCGAGGCGUGGCGCUACUACGCGUCAGUGAGCGGGUACGGCGACGAGAUGCUGUGGGCGGCGCUGUGGCUGCACCGGGCGACGGGGAAGGCGGAGUACCUCGACUACGCCGUCGUCAUGGCCGACGAGUUCGGCGGCACCACCUGGGCCAUCUCCGAGUUCAGCUGGGACGUCAAGUACGCCGGCCUCCAGAUCCUCGCCGCCAAGCUGCUGCUGGAAGGGAAGCACCGGCCGGAGCACGGGCCGACGCUGGAGCAGUACAAGUCCAAGGCGGAGCACUACCUCUGCGCGUGCCUCGGCAAGAACGGCGCCGCCGGCAACGUCAACCGCACGGCCGGCGGCAUGCUCUACGUCCGGCAGUGGAACAACAUGCAGUACGUGACCAACGCCGCCUUCCUCCUCACCGCCUACUCCAGCUACCUCGCCGGCGCCGGAGCGGCGGAAUCGCCGCCCAUUCUCCGGUGCCCCGACGGGCCGGUGGGCGCCGACGAGCUCCGGGCGCUUGCGCGGGCGCAGGCGGACUACGUCCUGGGGGCGAACCCGGCCAGGGUGAGCUACAUGGUCGGGUACGGCCAGCGGUUCCCGCGGCGGGUGCACCACCGGGCGGCGUCCAUAGUGUCGCACCGCGCCGACGGGAGGUUCGUCGGGUGCGUGCAGGGGUACGACCACUGGUUCCGCCGCCCGGGGUCCAACCCGAACGUGGUCGUCGGCGCCAUCGUCGGCGGGCCGGACCACCGGGACCGGUUCAGCGACCGGCGGAGCAACUACAUGCAGACGGAGGCGUGCACGUACAACACCGCGCCCAUGGUCGGCGUCUUCGCGCAUCUGCACAGCAGUGAGAUGGGGGCGGCGGAGGAGAGAAGAUGA